CCGAAUUUCAUGGACAACUAAACAGAUUCUACAAUGGUCUGACUCCUGCCAACAGAAUUAUUUGCUCACUAACCUAUCGCACUCCUCUCCAUGACCAGCCCAGAUAACAGAUGAUUCACCGGUUCUGGGAGUACCCUCUGAGUACCAUGACCUCGCUGACGCUUUCAGUAAGACCAAGGCCUCACAACUUCCUCCUCACCUGCUCAUGUGCACCUUCAACGCGCCAUCCGCAGGGUCAAGGAACAGGCCGACCGUCACAGGAGGUCAGGUCCCGCUUACACCCCAGGACAAUGGGUCUGGCUCUCCACAAGAGACCUUCGCCUUCGGCUCCCGUGCAAGAAGUUGAGUCCCAGCCCGCUGGUGGUCCGAGAGGAGAGAGGGACCAGGAAGAGGCCGGGAACGAGAGUCCCCCUCCCAUCAUCGUGGACGGUGAGGAGGCGUACCAGGUACGGGAGAUUCUGGACUCCCGACGCCGGGGCAGGUUACUGCAAUACCUCAUUGACUGGGAGGGGUAUGGUCCUGAGGAGAGAUCGUGGGUUAAUUCUCAGGAUAUCCUGGACCCUUCACUCACUACUGAAUUUCAUAGAACCCAUUCUCGCAAACCAGCCCCUCGCUCCCGUGGAAGGCCUCGGCGUCGUUCUCCUCCUCGCUUCAGGAGCCGCUCGCAGGGGGGGGGCUCUGUCACGAAUCAGGCCUCUGUGGCUCUCUCCGAUGGCCUCCGGAGGGCACCCUCUCCCGAGUACUAACGUUCAUGGACUACAUUUCCCAGACACCCCGUACCUGGGACUGAUUAUGGCACAGGUGUUCCCCCUUAGCUUCCCUAUUUAAGCAGCGCUCAGACUCUCUAUGUUUGCGAAGUCUUGUAUUGCCCCGGCUACAUUUCUGAGCGUUUAUCCCCUAUCUUGUCGUCUCUUGUGUAUUACCUCGGACUGUUCUUACUAGUGUGAUUCUCUGCCGCCUGCCCCGACCCUCGCUCUGCCACUGUUUAUUCUCUUGGAUUUCCCCUGCUGUACGUGACGCUGUUGACUGAAUACUGCCUGUUUUACUCUGCCUGUUAUUCUAAUAAAAGCUGCAAAUGGAUCCGCACGCCUCUGACUCAGCGUUACAGAACACUUCGCCACACACGGAACCAGCAGCGAUUUAUCAGCUAACCACCGAGGUUUCUGCCCAGGCCUCCAUGUUAGCGUCUCAUCAGCAACAGCUGCAACGACUCACCUCGCUCACGGAGGAGAUGGUGAGGACGCUACAAGCCC